AAACUCGGACUCAUCGUGUGGUUUCCUUUUAUGCCAUUUAUUCCAGGCCUAUUUCAAUGUUAAAAGCCUGGACGUUCAGGUGUUUGAAAUGUAAAAAGUUGAAUUUACAAGUAUGCUUAAAAUAAUGAAGUUGACAGUGAAGUGUAGAACUGCUUACAAAUGCUCUAAGUACACCCAGUGACCCAAAAGACUAAGAUGCCACUCAGACAGCAGCAAACCACCCCAACCCAUUGGUAACCAAUGCGUCUGUUCCCAUAGGUGCGGGACCGGGGGGGAGUGGGGGCAGCUUGCCCCCCCGCCCAAUUCUGGGGCCGCUGGGGCGGUGCCCCCACAACUUUAAGACGGAAUAUCAUACUUUUUGCAAAUGUUUUUUAUGAAAAAGCCAAGGGAUGAAAAAUAAGUGGCCUAAAACCAAUGAGAAAACUAGAUUUGGGGAUACCCUAGGUUGAUAUCUAUUUUAGUGUGCUCCCCAGUCUAAAAGUAGUUCCCGUGCCCCUGUCUGUUCCUAUGGUUGAUCUAAAAAAUAUAAUAGGAGGUUGGAUGAGCUUCAAGGAGAGCUGCUUUAGAGCAGCCUCAGGAACAUCUCUAUGAAGAACUAAGCUGUUUCUUCAAGAUGAGUAUGUCAGAUAGGAAGGCAGAGCUGGAGAGGAAGAAGGCGCGUCUGCAGGCCCUUCGAGAUGAGAAGCAGCGCAGACAGCAGGAAAAGGAACAGGCGCUGGCACGUCAGUCGCUCUCGCCCAGUGUGGCCCGGCCCGGACCUGUGGACCGCGCCAGCCUUGACGAGGAGCUCCGGAAACAAGGCAUCGCACCUAUCUCAGAUGUGUCAGACAUCAGUGCCACGCCGAGCGGGGGGUCGCUGCAGCCCUCUGAAGGGGGCGGCUCACAGCCGUCCAGUCUGUCACAGCCGGCACCAGCACCCACCGCAGCCAGGAAGAAGCCGCCAGAUCUGACGGUUGUCCAGGUCCACUCGACCAGUAUACCUCCGAAAGAGAGCGUCACCUACUGCAAGCAAACACAGACCACGGCUUCCGGUCCCGAGCAGACGGCGCGUCCUGGCGGCUUCGAUUACUAUGUGCUAACGUACGACGAGCCUCACGGCGAUGAGCUGGAGGACGCCAGUCUGACCGGCCUGGAGGGACGCCGACUGCCACCCGGCAUCCUUCACCACGGGAUGCCGACGGUUACCGACGUCCAGCCGGCCACCGUGCAGCCGGACGCCGCAGAGAAACCACCGGCGGAGCCCAAAAAACCCGAACCGCGGGAGCUGAGUGAGGAGCAGAAGCAGCUGAUCAUGAUGUCGGCCGAGUUCAGCGAGUUCUUCAGCCGGCAGUCGCGCGUGGUGGAGCGCGUGCUCUGUGAGGACAGGGACCUCUACAGCGACUACAGCCGUAACUUUGACGACGACGGCAUGAUGGACGACAAGUCCGGCCAGCAGCUGUCAGUGAACCGGGUGUUUUUCGACGAGCGCUGGUCGCAGCACCGGACCGUGACGUCACUGGAUUGGUCGCCCCAGUUCCCCGAGCUGCUGGCCGCCAGCUACAACAACAACGAGUCGGCGCCGCACGAGCCGGACGGCGUGUGCCUGGUGUGGAACACGCGCUUCAAGAAGGACACGCCCGAGUACAUCUUCCAUUGUCAGUCGCCGCUGAUGAGUGUGUCGUUCGCGCGCUUCCACCCGAACCUGCUGCUCGGCGGCACCUACUCGGGACAGAUCGUGCUGUGGGAUAACCGGGUACAGCGGCGGACACCGGUCCAGCGGUCGCCGCUAUCCACAGCGGCGCACACGCACCCGGUGUACUGUAUGCGUGUGGUGGGUACUCAGAACGCGCACAACCUCAUCUCUGUGUCCACCGACGGCAAGCUCUGCUCCUGGAGUCUGGACAUGCUCUCUCAGCCGCAGGAGAAGAUGGAGCUGCAGUUCAAGCAGAGCCGGCCAGUGCCCGUCACCGGACUGGCCUUCCCGCAGGGCGAGGUCAACAACUUUGUGGUGGCCAGUGAGGACGGAAACCUCUACACAGCAUGCCGCCACGGCAGCCGGGCCGGCGUGCAGGAGGUCUACCAGGGCCACUGCGGCCCGGUGACCGGCGUCAGUGCGCACGCCGCCAGCGGGCCCCUCGACUUCUCACACCUCUUCAUCAGCUCGUCCAUCGACUGGACCGUCAAACUGUGGAGCGUCAAGGAGCCCAAGCCGCUGUACUCGUUCGAGGACAACUCGGACUACGUGUACGACGCCGCCUGGUCCCCGCUCCACCCUGCGCUGUUCGCCGCGGUGGACGGCACGGGCCGACUCGACGUCUGGAACCUGAACGCGGAGACGGAGGUGCCCGUUGCCGGCACAGUGGUGGAUGGUGGGGUGGCCGCGCUGAAUCGCGUCUCCUGGACACCGUCCGGUCUCCACAUCACCGUCGGCGAUGAUCGCGGCCGCGUCUGGGUGUACGAUGUCGGUGAGAGGCUGGCCCAUCCGCGCCAGGACGAGUGGACGCGCCUGGCACACACUCUGCAGGAGAUGAGAUCCAACAACGCGGACGAGGAGCUGGAUAGGAUCGGGGCGGGCACGCCCAGCCGCUAGGCAGAGCAGUGAGGAUAGCGGCGUGAAAAAACGGCGCCAUGAGAAGAGACGUAUUACGAGGAACACGUGGUAACUUGGGAGAGAAGUGAUCCGAGACAGGGCGCUGGCUUUAGAAGAGAGGUGCUGCCUAAAGGCGAGGAGGGUUGACUGAGGUCGGGUCGGCCGGAGGUGAAUGUGUGGGAGUGGAUGCUUCCCCGACGCGCGGCUUGUUACGUGGCGUCGUUCGGCGAUGUUGGUUUGUAGCAGCACCGGUGCAGUGAUGAUCAGUGAUCACGGGAGCGGUCGACGCGUUCGGUGUGUGUGGAGGUGACAGUUUGGGCCUGGAAAGACACCUCGAGAAGUUAAGUACACAAUGUCCAAGAAAGUACGCGUCCUGCCGACUCCCGAGAAGUACAUGGCAGCAUACCGUCCCCGCCCGCCACCGUCGCAGCGUUACCGUCGUCCUGAGACAGUUGUGAGCGCUCACCGGGAGCGCCUGCGUUCAACUGCAGUUACCCGUGUUCACAGUUUACACUGGGGGUUAUAGCUAUCCCCCCCCCCCCCCGCCACCUGAUGCGGCAUAAAGGCGAUCCCUUAUUGAACGUCGGGGCGGGCGCUACGAAGCUCACGAUAAGUCACUGCUGUAACGGCUGUCGUGUUUGACGUAUAAUGGUCCGACGGGAGAGUUAUUUACCGAUCGAAUCCGUGAAAAAGUGGCGUUGGGCGGCGGUCGUAUGCGUCCAGUUAUGUCCGUGUGCCGGCCGCUGCCUCUGCCCAGUCGCAGUCCCAGCCGCCGAGGUCAGGACGUGCGAAGAAUGUAUCGGUAGCGAAGUCUGUAUCCGCCUAGCCCGAGGCCCGCCCGUUAGCCGAGUUCGAAGUCUGCCCGUCGUCCGCGGCUGCCCUUUCGCCGGAGCCCAGUCGUCUGUCCGUUAGUGUCCGGGGCUGUCGUUCCAGUCGGCUGUGAUGGCCCGCUGGCGUCUCUUCCGUAUGGCCUCAGGCGUGCCCUGUGUGAUCGGCCGUUGCGAUCUCUUCCAUCGGAGCCAUGCGGCCGGGUGGCGCCGGUACGGGCCGUGUGGUGCUGCUGGGUGCCUUACCGCGCGACUCUGAGCGACUGCCGUCAGUGGGGACGCCCAGUCCGUCCCCGUUCGACAGAGGAUACCGGCCCGUGGGGCGUUCCUGCGCGCGUGCGGCUGUUCUGCCGCUCACCGGCGGUUGCGACUCGCGACUGCCUUGGCUUUUGUACACAACGCAGUGAAUGGGAUGUUUGUUGGAAUAUUUUCACGGGGCUGGUGCGAGUCUGCCGAAGGUAGCUAGCUGGCUUGUUGGUUCAUCGGGAUUGUGGCCGAGCCGAAUGGAAGUGGAUUGUUGCGUUGUACCGGUUGAGAGUGGUUUAAAUACAGGUAGCAUGUUUA